AUGUACAAAAACUGGUUGAAAGCUUCUAGAUAUAUUUCAAUUUUCGGCUAUGUUUCAACAAUUUUCCUCAAUACUUUGUUGAUUGUUUUGACUGGAUGGUUUCUCAAAAGAAAGUUGGGAACAUAUAAACAUCUUAUCAUUAUUUUCUCAGUUAUUGGAAUUGUUUUUGAAAGUUUUGGAGUUGUAUUUCAACCGGUGAGUGAAACUUGUAACAUUUCUCAUCCUUAUCCUUCAGAUGGUACUGUUUGCCAACUCAGGAUUCAUGGGUUUUCUAAACGUGGAAACCCAACUUUUCUCCCGGAACUCAUUAACAAACAUUCUGAUUAUCUACAACUCCAUAUUUUAUUCUUCCACAUCAUUUCUCGCAGUCAUGUUCAUCCAUAGAUAUUUUUCUGUGGUUAAACCUGCGCAACUUUUUCAUUUCCAACAAAAACGCAUAACCUUGUGGAUUUUAUAUUCAUUUAUAACUGGCCUGAUGUUCUACAUUUCUUGUCGAUUUUUCUGUGAAGUUGAUAAUUUUGCAACUGAAUAUUUCUCCGAAGAAAUGCUUAACAGUUUUGAAAGACUUGUCAGUGAGACCCCUGCAAUUUCAAUCAUCAUUAGAUCCGAUGGUCUUCGAUGGAAAGAUCUAACAUUCCUAAUAUCAACAUCACUAAUUUUUCAUCUGCAAAACGCGAUUAUUACUCAGAAAAUGCGCUGA